AUGGAAUCUCAGGACGGAAUUACCGUCCGGCCGAUGAGGCUAAAGGUCUUGUACACGUUUGACAACGAAAACAAGACGAAUUGCCUCGCUCGGUGGCCCCACGUGCUCGAUCUCCAAACUGCCUUUUUGGAUGAGCAAACUCAGAUCGGUGUGAUCGAGUUGAAAACAUGCAUUCAGGCAAUUGUCUCUGCCAGCCCUGAGCUGGUGGCACAGCUGGGAAAGGACUACACAGUCUACGCCUACGAUUACUCCGAAUACGAAACUCCCUUGGUUGGACAGGGAAUGCUAUCAUGGGUCCUCGCUUCCGCCUCGCCAACACCCGAUGCUCCUGCUCACCAAUCCAAAACGAUGGUAACAGGCCGGGUGUGCAAAAACCCUCUAGGACUGUUCUCGAAGGGCGCCCAGGAGACAUUGGAAGUCAAAUUGCGGCUGGUCCCAGUCCCUACCGUGAUGCAAAGCGAAUACAUCGACAGCAUGCAAAGGUACCGCGAAUUGAGCAAUGUUAUUCCUCACGAUUUCGAUGCCCAGUCAUGGACGAAUUUUCUCCGACAAAAUCCUGCUCUCCUGGAGGCCUCUCGGAAACAGCAACAAGGUUGCGUGACUUCGCCAAUGGAUCAAUCGGGUAUCGAACGUGUUCACCAGCUCCUGAGUGAGAGUACCACACCGCGGGAUUACUCCAACAAUUACCCUACCAACGAGUCAAUCCGUUCGUCAUCGCCAACCCACUCCUUCGGUCCGCCUAGUCGAAUGUCUACCCCCGCAGGAACUCGCACUCCUACACAUUACCAACAGCCUCUGCAACCAAAGCAGAGCUUUUCUCACAGUGACAAUAUCCGCCCUUCAUCUAGUGCUUCCAUGCAGGACAGUGACUUUCAACUUCACCAAUUUGGUAGCCAAUCCCGAAGAGAUUCGAUUCAUUCGGGCUAUGGUAGUGGAAAUGAGGAUGCAGUGGAACCCCAGCAACGGAAAAGGGCCAAGUUGUACCAAGCUGGAUGGCCCGGCAAGUCUGAUAUGAACAUUGAACGACAGCCUAGCUCCCUGCGAGUGGCUGCUAGCACUGCAGCCUCUGUACGGAUCCACCGUCCAACCCCAGUGAACCCUGCUCUUUCCGUAGAGCAAUCUCACGAGGAACCCGUUCGCCCUCCGACUCCUAUCUCUCGGCCUGGAGAUUUCCAACGCCGAGUCCGACUACCCUCUAGCCUGUUGCGGGAGAGCUCAACGCAUAGCAAUAGCUCAUAUACAUCUCCUUACAUUCAUAGCGAUGAUGUAGCUACCGACCAGACAGCUCAUUCUCCAGAAGACCGGUACCAAGGUCUAUUCGAGCCUCCCUUCAACAUGCCUUCUUCACCUCCAGUCUUGGAGUCCCGCUUCCCGUCCCGAUCUAGUCCCAACUUGCCUCCUAUCUCUCUGGAUACUGACUCUGGUUUCAUGAGCGGUGGUCUGGAUGAUCUCCUGGAUGAGGGAGCGGGCACCCCUGUGGAGGAUUCCCAGAGAGCCGACUCCCGGCCUGUGACUGGCGAGAAGCGCCACCGGUCAGUUCGCUCUGCAGUACAGGCCACUCCUCCUGCAAGUGCCAUUGGUCUGGUAUCAGAGGGUCUGAACGAUUCCAUGCUAGUCAGUGAUGGUCUAAUGGAGCCGAAGUCCAAUCAAAUACCACAACUUCCACGUCCAAACACGUCAUCUGGCUCUAGACCAUCUUCGCGAAUGAGCUCCCGGCCAACACCGAAACCACUGGCACCCGCACCCAUGUCACAAAGUGAAUUGGAACAGUUCAGGAGGGCCAUUCCGGCAAGUGACUCUGUCGCUCCUCCCCCACAGCCGUGUGCCUUCUAUUCGCAAAAUAGCGCGGGGCCCAUGAGCGAUUUCUCUAUUGUCGAGACGCCGGCACCUCAACCUGAGUACACUCGAAGAGCUCCUCGUAGUGGAGGUGCAGCGAAGAGGGCAAUGCAAGUCCAGGCUCGGCUGGACGCGGCGAUUGCCAGUGGUGGAAUUCCACCCUACUGUGAAAACUGUGGAACUAUCGAAACACCUACAUGGAGACGGGCAUGGACCAAAGAUAUCACUGGUAGUGAAGAGGAUGCGAAGGGCAUGAUGAAGACGCGAGGUCUGCUCUUCUGGGAAGUGCUGGAGCGAAAUGACAACAAAGAAGUUGUCAGGUUCAAACUCUACAAGAAGGGCCUAGGGGUGACUCCUGAGGACCAGGGAUGGACCCAACUCCUGCUUUGCAACCCUUGUGGCCUCUGGUUGCAUAAGUGCAAGACUAUGCGCCCAGAGAACCGAUGGAAUCGGCAGCCACCGGCGUGUGGCACCGAUGGCAAGCAGAAGCGUCCCUCUAGGAACCGCAAGCAGAGCGGUGGUCCCUUGUCCAAGCCCUCUACCCGCACUCGCAGCAAGGCUGUGUCGGUUCGGACUGCACAGUCUUCUCCUGCCCCCACAGAAGCAUCCUCCGUGCACAAUGAGGAGGGCGCUACUCCUAACGUGGAGGAUCAUGCGGACGAGGGCCAAGAUCAGGAUCAAGCCCAAGACCCGGAUGAGGAAGCAGAGUAUCCCAACAAGCGACGCCGGGCAAACAGUGCUGAGCCUCCACGAUCCAGCGAGAAGCCUCGCUGGGACCAGGAGGAGGCCAUUGAGGCCCUGCGUCUUGCUAUUCAAUCCAGCCCGGCCAGGAAUAUCGAGAAUCGCAACUUCCCUGCCCCAGAUGAGACCAAGCUCACACCCAAGCCUGUGCGCCGCGCUCUCUUCGCCUCUUCUCAAAAGGAAGGGCCAAUGAAAGAGCUUGGCGCAUCGUUCGUGAAUAGCUGCUCGCCUCGUCGCAGCCCUCGCUUCACCAAGGGUGAGAAGCAUAUCCAGGAGAAGGAAAAUCAGGCGCCUACACCUCAGAAUGAUCUCGAUGACCUCUUCGAGGGUCCUUCUCUGGACUUCGAUCUGCCUGUCAGCCCGACUCCUCGACGCCGCCACACUCGCCCAGGUGCCAUGCACGAGAGACGCCACUCUCUGCCCUGCAACUCGCCAACUGCCAACAGGCGGAAGGAUGUCGGGGUAUCUACAGCGGCCGCUCGGGCCGCUCGCCUCACUGCUGAGCGAUUGCAGCGCGUCCAGGAGGGCGCAGAUCAUUCUCCCCGCUCUACUCGUUCUCAGACUCGAUCUCCUGCCAAGCAGGGUCUUCCCGCACUGCCUGAUGCUGGUCUGCACUCCGAAGCCUUUGCACCUCUGGAUGGCAUGAUCCUCGACAUCUUCGAGGAGGUCACUGACGAAACCAAUGCUUUCCAGCUUGAGAAUGACAAGUUCUCCGGCAACAACUGGGCAGACUGGCUCCCCACCGACUACGUCUCUCCCACCGCGUCCGAUGAAGAAAACAAUCCAUCCGACGACCUAAUCAACGCAAUUCUUUCGGAUCCGGCCAUCCUGAAAGAGUCUCUCCACAACUCUGAAUUCAAUCCCUUCAACUUUGACAACAACGUCGUCCCCGACUCGGGCUUCUUCAGCUCCGAUGCUCUCCAAACAGACCCCGGGGGUCUAGCCACUUCCCAAGCCAGCAAGCCUCCCAAGGAGCGUGGCCAGGCAGCCACUUCCCCCGCAUAA